AUGCUCGGACAGAAUGUCCAGAGUGUACGUGCGGAGCCGCAUGAACAGUAUCGCACUUUGAGCUCAGCAAGCGAACAGCAUGGAGAGUACGCCUGUUUGGCUUUGCUACUUCCUCACCUUGUUGGCGUUGUACAACCACAACUAGCUUUGAAGCUACUCCAGCUAUACUUUGCGCCCCCGGAAGGCACUUUGUUUCACAACGCUUCACCCUAUGUUCUGACGCCGGUCUUACGAAAAGACUCUGUCCUGAAUCCUGCUUCGACUCGGUCUACAACACCUGCUUUACUUGCAACAAUGAUCUGGGUUAGUGCACAAACGGCUUCUCUCCCUCAGCUACUUGCACCCGGUUCACGAGCCACUCUGUGUUGUAAAUUGCAAGACUUGGUUUUCAAGCUGCUGCAUGAUCGCGACCUUGAUAACUGGCAAAGAGUCUCGGGUAGAUCACCUCCUUUCCUCAGUCUUGAAUCCUGGACUCAUGUACUGACCGAUAAAGCUUGGUACGGUCCUUCUGGAUCUGCAAGUAUCAAGCACGUACCAUCGCCCGUGGUAGAUGAUGUUAUAUGUCUUAUUCUGAUCAGUAUUGUGCUAUCUGGAGGGGACUUCAAGCGGGAUUGUCUACCGUGGUGGAACAAAGCAGUCCGUCUCAUCGACACAAUGAAACUACAUCAGAUGGAUCAUCCAGAUGCGGAUUCGAAUGAUUCAAAUGAUCUCGAGUCCUGUUACGCGGACGGUGUUUACCACAGUCCUCGUUCUAUUGAAGCCAAGGAAGAGAUGCGAAGAGCUUUCUGGUUGGCAUUCGCUUUAGACCGACACCUGGCUCUGUCCUACAAUGGUAAUCUCUCCAUUGUAGAUGGAGAGAGUCAUGUUUAUAUCCCAGUCCCAGAGCGUAUAUGGCAGUCCACUACUGAAGGAAGCGCCCACGACCAACCACACCGUCAACUGGGACCACCUUCUACAGUCACAGGUACCGGAUUUUUCGAAUUCUUCUUGCCUCUCAUGGUACUGUUAGGCGAUAUCAUCCAUUUGCGCCGCCGAAGGCACCACCCACGUUUUGGGACUCUUGGGGACGACGGAUCUAUUGUCCUAGUGGAGAAGCUGCUUGAGCGCUGCAAAGAAAGUAUCGAUGGAUUGGAACGACAAGCCGAUACUGGACCAUGCUCGAAUAUCAACCGCACAAGUUCGAUAUCUAACCAUGAUGCCGGGCCCGUGCUUCAAGGCGCGACGCCAGAUUCCACGACCCUCUUAGCAACACUGCCUGUCGAUCUGCCAAACAAAGAUCGGCGCUCCUCUCGAACACGUCUUGUAACAGCGUAUGCCCAUUUCAUUCUCCAUGUACUCUUUGUUCUUCUCCACGGAGAGUGGGACGCGCUAACUAUGCUUGCCUGGUUACCUGCUGCAGGCUCGCAGAGUGAAUGGAUUACCUCGCCGUCGUUUCACAAGUGCUCUUCUCACGCCGUAUUGGCUUCGGAAGCAAUAUCUUCGAUCCUGAGACUCGAUCCCGAACUCGUCUUCAUGCCCUAUCUUUUCGGCAUCUAUCUUUUUCAUGGGUCACUUGUGUUGCUGCUUUUCGCCGAUCGCAUGCCAGCAGUAAAUGGUGGCUCCAACGAUGCCGUCGAGGCGGCGUGUGAGACAAUUAUCCGAGCGCACGAGGCGUGCAUCGUCACUCUGAACACGGAAUUUCAGCGUGUCUUCAAACGUGUGAUGCGAGCAACACUGAUGGUGGUUUACCAGCCUGGGAUCGAAGAGACUGCCGAUACGGUUCGCGAAAAGAUUGUAGAUAUGAGGAAAGACAUGUUAAGAUUGUAUAGAUGGAGCCAAGGUGGAAGAGGUCUCGCCAUAUGAGGCACUGAAGCGGUGCUAUUUCCCAGCAGUCUGAAGUGCGAUACAUGUGUUUUAUCAGGCCAACAUCAAUCACACGAAUACGGAUCUGGUCUCUCGCUUUGAAUCCCCACCGCCUUUACACGCGGUUGAUUCACUCUCACACCUUCGAUGCAGCUACCUCAAUUUGUUCCAAAUCGCUGCCCUGCAUGUACUUCUCCCCACUGUUAGGCUCGAUGAGACCCACCGUACUAUCAGUCGAUGCAUCGGCGGGGAUGCGAUACGAAGCAACGAAGUUCAAAGCGAUUGGGUACGAUACGGCUGC